GGCAGGGGCGAGAUAGGAGUAGGGACAGUAUUGAUACACAGUAUCUCUAAAAUAUAUCCUAAAAGAGGAAUAAUAUUGAUGCAGAGGUAUUGACCGUUGAAUACGCAAUGUAUUAGAGGCCUUCGAUUAAGGGCUUCUGUUUUUGCUGCCUACAAAGCAAUGUGGAACAAAUAAAGGUGCUGAGACGCUGAACCUAGAGAUAUAGAUAAUGGGCUGUGUGCAAUGUAAGGACAAAGAGUCUGCAAAGCUCACAGACGACAGAGACACCAGCAUCACCCAGAGCUCAGGGUACCGCUAUGGGUCCGACCCCACCCCCCAGCACUACCCCAGCUUUGGGGUCACCACCAUCCCCAACUUCAACAACUUCCACGCGCCGGGCACCCAGGGGGUGACGGUCUUCGGGGGCGUCAACUCCUCAUCCCACACGGGUACCCUGCGCUCCCGCGGUGGAACGGGCGUGACGCUCUUUGUGGCUCUCUACGACUACGAAGCCAGGACGGAGGAUGACCUCAGCUUCAGGAAAGGGGAGAAAUUCCAGAUCCUCAACAGCACUGAAGGGGAUUGGUGGGAGGCCCGCUCCCUCACUACGGGUGGCACUGGCUACAUUCCCAGCAACUACGUGGCUCCAGUCGAUUCCAUACAGGCAGAGGACUGGUACUUCGGCAAGCUGGGCAGGAAGGACGCCGAGAGGCUGCUGCACUGCAGCGUAAACCCCCGCGGCACAUUCCUCAUCCGGGAGAGCGAGACCACCAAAGGGGCCUUCUCCUUGUCCAUACGCGACUGGGAUGACGUCAAAGGGGACCAUGUGAAGCACUACAAAAUCCGAAAGCUGGACAGUGGCGGGUAUUACAUAACCACCAGAGCCCAGUUCGAGACUCUGCAACAGCUGGUGCAGCAUUACUCAGAGCGAGCAGCUGGGCUGUGCUGUCGCCUGGUGGUCCCCUGCCACAAGGGCAUGCCCCGCCUCGCCGACCUGUCCGUCAAAACCAAAGACGUGUGGGAGAUCCCGCGGGAGUCUCUGCAGCUCAUCAAGCGCCUAGGGAACGGCCAGUUCGGAGAGGUCUGGAUGGGGACGUGGAACGGCACGACGAAGGUGGCGGUGAAGACGCUGAAGCCGGGCACCAUGUCGCCCGAGUCUUUCCUGGAGGAGGCGCAGAUCAUGAAGAAGCUCCGGCACGACAAGCUGGUGCAGCUGUACGCUGUGGUGUCCGAGGAGCCCAUCUACAUCGUCACGGAGUACAUGAGCAAAGGAAGUCUGCUGGAUUUCCUAAAGGACGGAGAGGGACGGGCUCUAAAGCUGCCCAACCUGGUCGACAUGGCCGCACAGGUGGCUGCGGGCAUGGCGUACAUCGAGAGAAUGAACUACAUUCACAGGGACCUACGAUCCGCCAACAUCCUCGUGGGUGACAACCUGGUGUGUAAGAUCGCCGACUUUGGCCUGGCCAGGCUUAUUGAGGACAACGAGUACACAGCCCGACAAGGCGCAAAGUUCCCCAUCAAGUGGACAGCACCAGAGGCAGCACUCUAUGGAAAGUUCACCAUCAAGUCAGACGUGUGGUCCUUUGGGAUCCUGCUCACAGAGCUGGUGACCAAGGGGCGGGUACCGUAUCCAGGAAUGAAUAACCGAGAGGUGCUGGAGCAGGUGGAGCGGGGCUAUAGGAUGCCCUGCCCGCAGGACUGCCCCAGCUCCCUGCACGAGCUCAUGGUGCAGUGCUGGAAGAAGGACCCCGAGGAGCGGCCCACCUUCGAGUACCUGCAGGCCUUCCUGGAGGACUACUUCACCGCCACCGAGCCACAGUACCAGCCCGGGGACAACCUCUAAAGCCCCAACAGCAGGGGGCACCAUUCAGACCCCCCAAUGCCAACACAGACUACAAUGCACAGGGCUGUUACCAUAGCAGCAAACAGACUGCCCAUCGGAUGUGUACGGACUAUCACCACUCGCCCUUAGCGGCUAACAUGUGCGCGGCCGGAAAACAAGGAGAACAGACUUGCCAUACAUUUAAAUCAGUGGCCGUUACGGGGUUAAUUAUCUUCAUGAGUGAAAGGGAAAGAAAAGAGAAAGGGAAGGGAAAGAGAGGGAA